AUGGUAACUAUUCUGCAUUUAUUGAAAUCGAACCUUGUGAUCGCACACUUUUCUCUUGAUCAACCUAACUUGAGCGUCGGAGGGUCAUUGUCGGGGACGUACCCGACGAGCUCACAGUUCUUGUCUUAUUCUCAGGUCUGCGAAAGCGGAACUUAUUUGGGUUUGAAGGACAGGGAGGCUUUCAUUUACAAGCAUAGAUAUGAGAAUGCGGACAAUGAGUUGGCUGACUUUAGAGAAUGGUCUGACUAUCUCUCUCAGAAAUGUUCUGAUCCAAAAGAUACAUCAGAUGAUUUUAGUAAUAAAGGGGAAGGCUCGCGAAACAAGGCACUUCAAAAUGAGGUGAGGAAGCUAAAAAAUGAAAUUGAGAAAUGUAAAUCGGAGAAGAACUCUGAGAUUUCUGCUCUCUUGAGAGAAAAGAAUUUCGUUUGGAACCAGUUCAAAAUGAUGGAGAGCGACUACAGUAAACAAUUAAGGAAGAAAAGUGAUGAAGUUGAGCAUGCAAAUGAAAGGUUUCAGGCACUUGUAAACAGAGCAGAGGAAUUACAGAUCAUAAAUGAAAGUUUAAGAAUUGACUUCGGCAAGAUGGAAUCUGAAUCAGUAAAAAAGAGUGAGGAAAUCUUGAGACUUUUGAAGGAAAUUGAACUCUUAAAAUCCAAAUUUGGGUCAGCGUCACCCUUGUUGUGCCCAUGUAGGACAGAUGCAGCAGCAUCCGACAGGAAAGUCCAGAAUACUGGCACUCGUGGAAGGGGUGAAACAUUGAAAAAAGAAUCAGAUCCUUCGCAGACCUCUGAGAAGAUGGCUCAUAGAAAGCGAAGUGCUCAUAAGUCAACUGGAGGAAAGGCCCCUAGGAAGCAAUUCAAUCUAAAGGGAAGCAGUAGCUCGAAGAGAAAAGCAGCUGAAGUUAUUACCAUACCAGAUACUCCAAAACUGUUCACAUCCAACUUCAAAGUCCCUAAAUUGAAGUCCUCAUCGACUCCACGAAGAGUUUGAACUCUGUUUGCAGCAUCUUCUACCCCUUGUUUUGGAAGGUUAGCUGUGUACCUAAUAUUUGCUUCCCUUCCACCAAUUUGUGUUUGCUAAUUUACCUAAUACUUGAGUAUUGUGUGUGUAACUUAUACUGUUGUACAUGUAAUUUGAUGUGCAAAUUUCUUGCACUGUUGUACUUUGGAGUUGGUAAUUGGAUUGUCAUCCUCUAACUGAACUAUGUUCUCGUUAUGGGAACACCCAGUAAUUGCUUGAGAUAUUUUGAAAUAUUCUAACCCAAAUCAGAUUUGGCAGGAUCUAAACUAAGUAACGUGAUUGGUGUAUAGUUUAGGAAAAAUCGACCAAAUCAGAUUGGGUAAGAAUUCCUAUUUUAUGUUGUAACCUACUCAUGAGCAAGGAGCUUGAGCUAGCCAGGCUAAGGAAGAAGAGAGAGCUGGAGAAAAGCCGACCAUGAAUUGAA